CUUUAACCUGUGUUAUGGAUAAGCAAUCAUGUGGUGCCUCCCAGAUUGUUAUAGUUGCAGGAUGAUGGGGGCGCAGGGUAAUGGGGGGUGCAGAGCACCUAUAUUUGUCUUCCUCUCCCCCUAGCAGUGACAUUGGCUCUCGAUGGGAGUUUGCAGGGAGGUGAUGUGUAUCGGUGCCAGCCUUUCUACUUCAUGCACACGCUUUGCUGAAAUGGCAGGAAUGUAAAUCUGUGGCUGCGGGGCGUGAAAAUCAUGCGGUGGUCGAGCCGGGAGCAGCAGCCAUAACUGUGCCUGGAAGUAAUCACUGUGAGAAAAGAGGACAGUCAGCGAGACCUAGUGUCACUUGUUUCCCAAUGAGAGGAUCAUGUCGAUCUCACAGUUGGGGUGAUCCAUAGCAUGGCUGCUUCCCGAUCGACUCGCGUCACAAGAUCUACCGUGGGGUACAACGGAUUGGACGAAAGCUUCUGUGGGCGCACCCUGAGGAACCGCAGCAUCGCUCACCCGGACGACGUCAUCCCACCGUCGCUUCUAAGAUCGAGGUCCCCAAAGAAAAGGCCCGAACCUGCCCAGGUCCAAAAGGGAAGUAUUACCAAGGGCGGCGCAGAGGUGAAGCAGCCGGCUCCUCGGGAAUCUUGGGUCAGCCCAAGAAAGAGGGGUCUAUCUGUUUCCGAAAAGGACAGCAACGAAAAAGACAGCGUGGAAAACAGCGACAAAAAGUCCAGCGGACCGCUGUCCCCUGUGCUGAAAAAAAUCAAGCGUUACCUGCGAUCUGAGGAAGCAGGGAGCCCGGAGGAGGAGGAAGAAUUGCCCAGUACAUUUAAGACAGACUCCUCGGAAAGGAGGAUAUCGGAGUCGGACAAUGAAACAGAGAGUCCCCGCUCUAAGCGAACUCAUCGAUGUUUUCUAUUGGAUGAUAGUAACCAAAGGGAAAUCAAAAGCGAAUCGGGGUCCGACAAACUUGUGAAAAAAAUCCUCCCUGAUGGGGACGUGUUCAAUCAUCAGGCUGUGAACGGUAUUGACAAUGAGACUGCUGCUGUAAAUUGUAAUAACCGCCCUUCGGGUGGAAGUGUUAAACAGAAUAAUACUAGUGUGUUCCCUCCCCCCAGGGAGUUAAUCGUAACGGAGAACGGGAACUUGUUGACGCCUUGCCCCGUGCUCAGUGUCGGCAAAAAGGACGCGCUAUCAGACCACAAUGUGCCUUGCACGCACUCCCAGGAGCAGGCAGACAGACUGGACCAUGAAAUAGUUAACAACUGCCUACCUAUUGACUUCAUAAACCAGACCAAUGAAGGGGCGGGGGUCCCCUGUACGGAGCAGACUGUACGGGACUCUGAGGAGGAGCUGGACGUAGUGGGUGACAGCGUCUCCAAGGAACAAACCUCUCCAAGCCCCACUCAGGAGAAACCGGUGUCUGCAGAGGCUUCGUCUGGUUCACCAGGGUUGGAGGCGGUUGCCUCUCUGGAGACUUGCUUCUCGGACACUAAAGAACAUAGAUAUACUUUAAGAACUUCCCCCAGGAAGCCUGUGUCUGUGAAGGACAGCCCCUCUCUGUGCGGGGAGAACGGGCAGGCAGAGGAGGGUGCUGGGGAGAGCAGCGGACAGGAUGGUGUUGUGAACGGCGCCGGGGUUAAUCCGGACAGUGACAAAAAGCAAAGCGGUGCUGCAAAGGGUUCACAGGAAAAACCCGCCGGUCCCGCCUCCAGCGCAGAAAGUGCUGCACCAUCCGCCAAGGAGAGCGGCAGUGCCCAGCCUGCGGAGGAGGAGGACGAGGAGCCCGAUGUCUAUUACUUCGAGUCCGACCACGUGGCGUUAAAACACAACAAAGAUUAUCAGCGGCUAUUACAGACGAUUUCCGUGCUGGAGGCGCAGCGCUCUCAAGCUCUUCUCGACCUGGAAAGGUUAUCCCAGCAGCAGAGGGACGCCCUGGCCGAUCCGAUCGGAUUUGUUGAGAAACUUCAAAAGCAGGAGGACAUGGGAAUUCCUCGCCCCCAGAGGAUUGUCCAGUUACCAGAGAUUUCUUGGGACCAGUACACCACAACCCUCGGGAACUUCGAGAGAGAGUUCAGGAACAGGAAAAGAAACUCGAAGAGAGUAAAGCUGAUUUUCGAUAAAGUUGGGUUACACGCCAAUUCUCAAAGAGCAGCAGAUAAGGAAGGAGAAUCGUCAUCUUAUUCUGUUCUACCCCAAAGCGACAGUCAAGAAAGCUCUGCGAGCAACCUACAGAUAAGAGGCCGGUUUUGUGUGGACUCUAAACCUGGGACCUUUAAUCAGUUAUGGACUGUAGAGGAGCAGAAAAAAUUGGAGCAGCUUCUCCUGAAGUUUCCACCAGAAGAGAUUGAGUCAAAGAGGUGGCAGAAGAUUGCGGAUGAGUUAGGGAACCGGACUGCCAAGCAGGUUGCCAGCCGAGUUCAAAAGUAUUUUAUAAAAUUGACCAAAGCUGGAAUCCCGGUACCGGGACGGACCCCAAACCUGUACAUGUAUUCUAAGAAGGCAUCAAGUAAGCGGCAGCACGUCCUCAACAAGCAUCUGUUCAAGCCGUCCACCUUCAUGACGUCCCAUGAACCUCCGGUGUUUAUGGAAGAGGAUGACGACCACUCCAGUUUUCACAGCCGGGACCUUGAUAAUGUGGCGGACGAGGAUGACGACAUAUCGGAUGAAGAGGGUAUUCCCACCUCUUACCGCGAACUCGCAGAAUAUAAAGAACUACUUGAACUUAAGAAGUUGAAGAGGCAAAGGCUCAAUGAGAUGGAGGCAGAGAGCGGCUUUGUGCAGCACGUUGGCUUCAAAUGUGAUAAUUGCGGCAUAGAACCAAUCCAGGGUAUUCGGUGGCGCUGUCAGGAUUGCCCUCCGCAGAUGUCUGUGGAUUUCUGUGACUCCUGCUCCGACUGUUUAUACGAGACACAAACCCACAAAGAGGAUCAUCACCUGGAGCCGGUGUAUAAAGCAGAGACAUUCCUAGACAGAGAUUACUGCAUGCCUCACAGCACCAGCUACAACUACCUGGACCCCAACUAUUUCCCAGCCAACAGAUGACGUGAGCCGGCCAGGAACGCUCGGCAAUCUCUCUCUCUCUUCUCCAAACGCAAAGGGGGUAGCGGAGCAGUCCCGCCGUUUCCGGAAGUCACAUGACUGAACGCACCUGCUCUCACAGCAUGAUCCCUAUGUGGAAAGAUCCAUUAUACUCCACCUGCACCCUACAGCAGUAGAACAUUCCACGGGCGCAUAAUGACCUCACCCAUCGCCGGGAGCCUGCCCCCUAGUGACAAGCCCGUUUUCAAGAACAACAUAAAAAUCACAGUGCACGUUACGGACACGGACAUCUAUUUUUUUUUUCCAAAGGCUUCCGGAAAGAAAAAAAAAAUUGUCAAAAAAUGUGAACUAUUUAUAUUAAAACCGGUUUACUAGCUUGCAGUUUUUUGUGAAAUAUAUUUUUUUUUUUAUCUUCUUAAUUUUUUUUUUUGCACAAAAACUGACAUUUUCGGAAGGUUUUAACCAAUCACAGUGUUCACGUAAUAGACGCUACUGUUAAGGAUGACAGAACUUUUGACGUUUGCCCCAUUUUCUCCCCCCCCCCCCUCCCCCUUCCUUACGGAUUAACUCUUACUUCUGCUUGACUCUUGAGCUGCUUUUACAUGAUGGAUGAUGAUGAUGAACUACAAUCAAGCACUACAGAUGGGGGUCUGUGGCCGCUUCUCUAACCAGCUCGUCCCGUGUGUGUGUGUAUGUAUGUAUGUGUGUGCGCGCGCGUGUGAAUGUCGAAGAUUUUCACUCAGAUCUAUUUUUUAAAUGUAAUGUUCAAGAUGACCAUGUGACGUGUAAAAAAAAAAGAAAAAAAAAAAUGGUGAAAAAAAAAAAGUGCCACUCGUAGUUACUGUGUAAAGUCUAACACUUUCUUAGGUCCUUCCUAGAAAAAAAAUAAAAUAAAAAAUAAAAUAAUACACAGCCUUCUGCCUCCAGUCUUUGGGAAUCUUUAAUGUGGCCCACCCAAGGAUGAGAAAAAAAAAUUAUAAUAAAAAAUUUAUAAAUAAAUAAAAAAAAAAAAAAAAAAAAUUAAAUGCUUAUUGUAAAUCCUCUAUGUAUUGUAUUUUUUUUUUAUUAUUAUUAUUAUUUUUAGUCGCACAAAAUCCAUAAAAACAAAAAAUAGUAUUUUUAUUAAUAUUUAAGCAAGCGGUUGUUAUACAUAGAUCUAUACGGAGGAGCUACACGGUCACGUCAGACAUCGUCCUAUAGACUGUUCUCCGAGUGAUGGACUUUGAGGAUCUGUGACUUUAAAAACUCUCCGGCAGGGAAAGAGUAGACAUUUUGUAAACUUUUAUUUUAAAUAUUUUUUUUUCCAGUUUUUUGUUUUUUUAUUUUAAUUUUUUUUCUCUGUGUAAAACCGUAUGUUCUUAACUCGGUUGUCAGGAGGACUGUAAACAAUAAACUGUGUGAGUACUA